AUGACGACAAAGGAGGUGAAAUUCGGUGCUCAGAGUUUUGAUUCGCUGAAUCAGUACAUAUUGAUCAAGGAUCUCGGACGAGGAUCGCAUUCAAAGGUGAAGUUGGCGAUGAAUCAACAGGAUAAUCAGCUCUACGCGGUGAAGUGGACGGACUCUCGAGUGAACUCCUGGAAAGCCGUUCGCAAGGAGAUUGCCGUGCUGAAGAAGUUGCAUCAUCCAAACAUUCGUACUUUACACGAGGUCAUCGAUGACGAGUUCAAAAAGGAACUCAUCUUAGUCUUGGAGUAUUGCCAAACGGGACCCAUUUUCACGCGUUUCAGCACGGUGGCGGUGGACGAAAAGGUUUUACUAGGAUACGCUCGCGACAUCGUGCUCGGAUUGGAUUACUUGCAUUCGCUGCACAUCGCGCACAUGGAUCUUAAACCAGAAAAUAUGCUUCUGUGCACCGAUGGCGAAGUCAAGCUCGCAGACUUUGGCGUGAGUUUCAUACACGACUUGGUUUCGUCCGACGGCGUUGAGAAACGACUUGUGGGUACGCCGGCGUUUUUAGCGCCCGAAGUUCUUUCGGAAGACGGUUACGACCCAUUCAAGGCAGAUAUAUGGUCCCUGGGGGUGUGUUUCUACAAUAUGGCUAUGGGCAAACUGCCGUUCCCAGGCAAGACGGUGUACCAAAUCGUCGCAAAAGCGCGCGCAAACGAAUUAGUAUUCGACGAAGACGCGCCGCUCUCAGAAAAUUUCAAGGAUCUUUUGCGCAACAUGAUGUGCGUUGACCCCGCGAAACGGCUGGAUAUUGCUGGCGUGAUGCAGCAUCUUUGGAUCACGCGCGAUGGGGAAGAGCCUCUCGCGCGACCUCUCACCGAGCUGCCGCACGCCAUCGUGGAGCUCACCGAGGAAGAAAUCGCGAGCGCCAUCAGAACCGAUCCGCUUGCCGCU